AGGGGGCGGGGGAGAAGCCACUGGUGACAAUUACGUCUGGGUCCAAGCAAACAUGAGGCAGCUGCCAGCCGGGCCGCGCAGUCCUGGUUGCCUGGGCUGGGGAGCGGGGCGGCCAGCAGCAGUUCCCGCCAGCACCCGGGAUGCAGCGGGACAAGGAGGCCAUGAAGGCGUCGGAUGGCAGUCUCCUGGGGGACCCUGGGCACACACCGUUGAGCAAGAAGGAGAGUGUCAAGUGGCAGCGGCCGCGGCUCACCCGCCAGGCCCUGAUGCGGUGCUGCUUGGUCAAGUGGAUUCUGUCCAGCGCAGCCCCGCAGGGCUCAGAUAGCAGUGACAGUGAGCUGGAACUGUCCACGGUGCGCCACCAGCCAGAGGGGCUGGACCAGCUGCAGGCACAGACCAAGUUCACCAAGAAGGAGCUGCAGUCACUCUAUCGGGGCUUCAAGAACGAGUGUCCCACGGGCCUGGUGGACGAGGACACCUUCAAACUCAUCUACUCGCAGUUCUUCCCUCAGGGAGAUGCCACCACCUACGCACACUUUCUCUUCAACGCCUUCGAUGCCGAUGGGAACGGGGCCAUCCGCUUCGAGGACUUCGUGGUCGGGCUCUCCAUCCUGCUGCGAGGGACGGUACAUGAGAAGCUCAAGUGGGCCUUCAACCUCUAUGACAUUAACAAGGAUGGCUACAUCACCAAGGAGGAAAUGCUGGCCAUCAUGAAGUCCAUCUAUGACAUGAUGGGCCGCCACACCUACCCCAUCUUGCGGGAAGAUGCGCCUCUGGAGCACGUGGAGCGGUUCUUCCAGAAAAUGGACCGGAACCAGGAUGGGGUGGUGACCAUUGACGAGUUCCUAGAGAGCUGCCAGAAGGAUGAGAACAUCAUGAGCUCCAUGCAGCUGUUUGAGAACGUCAUCUAGGAAGUGUGGGAGAAAACCUGGGUGGCUGCCGCCACUUCACCCCCAGGAAACCUCAAUCCUGCCAGGAGCAGCCUCCAUGACAAAGUUUUUUGUAAUAUAUUUGCAAAAAGUGAGCAGUGUACUCC